CUGCGCCUGCCACCGCCUAGGCAAGCAGCGAGGCUGAAGAUUUGUUUUGGAGUAAAAGUUGACGCGAACCAUCAAACGGCCAAUUUCACCGCGACAUUUGCUAAAAUGCUGUGCGCAAUUUCCGGAGAAGCUCCUCAGGAGCCCGUCGCCUCGAAGAAGUCGGGCACUGUCUUCGAGAAGCGCCUGAUCGAAAAGUACAUCGAAGAGAACGGCACCGAGCCCGGCACCGGCGAAGCCUUGACGAGCGACGACCUCCUCCCCCUAACCCAGUCGCACAUCGUCCGCCCCCGACCUCCGACCCUGACAUCCAUCCCGGCUCUGCUGGCCACGUUCCAGAACGAAUGGGAUGCCCUCGCGCUGGAAACCUUCAACCUGAAAGAACAGCUGUCGAGAACACGGGAAGAGCUCGCGACGGCGUUGUAUCAGCACGAUGCCGCCGUUAGAGUCAUCGCAAGGUUGACGAAAGAGCGAGAUGAGGCCAGAGAGGCGCUGUCGAAGGUCAGCGUCACUGCUGGAGCUACAAACGGCGAUGCCAUGGCAAUCGACUCUGCCGAAGCCCUGCCCGAGGAGCUGGUAGAGAAGGUGAAUGCAAAGCAUCAAGAGCUCUCCAAGGGUCGCAAGAAGCGCCCCGUCCCAGAAGGCUGGGCCACACCCGAAGAUGUUGCCUCCUUGGCCACCGUGGCCUCCACGUCAACGCCCGUGUCGCAGGCCUCCUCUCUCGCUCUUGAGGGAAGCUACGCUGCCAUCGGUGCCCGCGAUGGACAAGCCGCGAUAUACUCAGUUGGAGCAGACCAGGUGGAGAGACAGGUUGCUGUGAACGAGCCAGUUCUAGACUCUGUUUGGACGGGUAGCAAGUUGAUCUUUGCGACAAGCAAGGGAUCAGUCAAAGUGUUCGAAAACGGCGCUGAGAUCGCGUCUCUCUCCGAACACGCUGGACCCGCAACUUCGCUCAGCCUUCACCCGACGGGCGACCUGCUUGCUUCCGUCGGCUCGGAUAAGAGCAUCGCAUUCUACGACCUCAAUACGCUCAGGAGAGUCAGCCGCGCAUACACCGACUCUUCUUUGACAUCCUCUGCUUUCCACCCCGAUGGUCACCUUUUCGCUGCAGGCACUGUUUCCGGCGACAUCAAGCUCUUCAUGACGACCAGCUUGGAGGUUGCCGCGACCUUCUCUCUCGGCGCGCCUGUGGAGGCACUCGUCUUCUCAGAAAACGGCUUCUGGCUCGCCGCCACGGCAAAGGGCCAGAGCUCAGUCACUAUCUUCGAUUUGCGCAAGGAGGGAGACGCCGCCCGAGCCAAGACGCUUGAGACUGGUGGACCCGUCCAAUCGUUGUCUUGGGAUUACACUGGACAGUAUCUCGCUACGGGCGGCGCAGGAGGAAUCACUGUCCAGCAGUACAUCAAGAGCUCCAAGGCCUGGUCGGAGCCGUUCCGAAGCUCGGUUGCGGCGGCGUCGGUGCAAUGGGGCUCCGGAGCGAAGCAAUUGGUGUCUGUCAACGAAGAUGGCGUUGUUUCUGUGUUUGGAGUCAAGACGGAGUAA